AUGCAGCCGGCCAAGCAGACUGAAGAUGCCCUCGGACCUUUGCAGAGGCCAGGGCGCCUGCCUUGGCCCUUGGGCUGGCCCACGAAAGCUGUGGCGAACUUGGAGGCAGGCGCCGCUCACGGUGCCGCCUACGCCCUGUUGCAGCAGCUCAGGGUGGCCAGGAUUCCGAUUCCCCUCUUCCAUUACGUGCAGGCCAUAAGGUGGUGGUCUGGCGCUUGGGGCGAAGCUUUAGCGAUCUUCCAGAUGGUGCAGAGGGGUCGAUUCCGGAAUGCCUCAGUUGCCUUCAACGCGACCAUGGCCACCUGUGUCAAGGGAUCACAAUGGCAACGCAGCUUAGCACUCUUCCAGGAGAUGCAGGAGAAACAGAUCUCCUUCACCGCUCGCAGCUUCAGCUCUGCCAUUUCCGCUUGUGCAAAGGCGUCCUUGUGGCAAAGAUCCUUGGACCUUCUGAAGGAAAUGUGGCAGAUGACCUUGUCAAGGAACACCAUCACCUUCAAUGCAGCUGUGAGCAGCUGCUCAAUGGGUGCACAGUGGCAAGCUGCCUUAGGCCUCUUUGAGGCCAUGAGGCACCUGCAGCUGCGGAACACCACGGCGACCUACAAUGCAUUGAUCACAGCCUGUGAGAAGGCUUCGCAAUGGCAGGCUGCCCUGAUCAUGUUCGCCGCCGCGGUCAUGCCGGAUUCUGUGAGCUGCGGAGCAGCCAUCAGCGCGUGUGAGAAGGGCACACAGUGGCACCAGGCGUUGCACCUCCUCAGCCGUUGGAAGAAACUGCCUGUGCCUUUUGAAAGAAGCCGCUCCCCAUUUCCUUUGCACGUGUCGCAGCCCAACGAACGUAGAGACCAAACUUCGUGCAAUUUCGAGUGCUUCCAGGACGACCUACUUCGAGUUUGA